AUGUUAACCGAAAAAGAAAGAAUAUUGCUGCUUAUGUAUCGAGGAUUUGGAGACCAUGUUAGAUCUUACCAAGAAGUGGCUGAUCUAUUCAAUGCUGAACAUCCGGAUCGUAAUCCUAUUUCUAAAUCUACCGUUCAAAAAACAGUGAUACGGUUUUUUGAAGCAGGAACAGUUAAAGACCGACCUCGCAGCGGAAGGCCAAAAUCCGCAACAAAUGAUGAUAAGAGUUUAGAUGUUCUGCAAUCAUUUCAGGAAAAUCCUCAUUUAUCUGUGUCAAGAGCAGCGCAAGCCCAUGACAUCAGUGAAGGUAGCGUUUUUAACAUUUUACAAAGACAGAAAUAUCAUCCUUAUAAAAUUAUUAUUGCUCAAGAACUUAUGGAAGACGAUUUUGAUAGAAGAAUUUAG